AUGGCGCCGAGAGUUCCAGCCAUUCAGCUUAAACCAGACAAUAAGGAGUCGGGAGAACUCGCAUUGUUCAUUGAAAACAUACAGCCUGGUACCACGAUAUACGACUUGAUCAGGAACUUCGAAAGUCGAGGUACCAUCAGGCACAUUGAGAUUUUUGAAGACCGGAGAAAUAGGGGAAAAGUGCGAUUUUCUCCUCCUCCGAUUCCUUUCUGGGGUCAGCCAUUCCCAAUUACCUGUGAAGACAACAGCACUACUUACAAUGUUCAUCUCCGUCUUGAUCAAAACUCAAGAAGAGAAAGAGCAGUUCCAAGUCCUUUUAGAAAAAAUGUGUUCUACCCUGAAAAGAUGAAACUCGAUUCUUCUACACUUCAGUUUGGAGUCAUGUUACAGCCAGAAUGCAUGAUGCCCAUGCAAACUCUACGAACUCAGGACCAAAGUAACCUCACACUCACCGUGGAUUUGAAGCGUAGAAAACUCGAAGCCCACUUUACAGUGCAUUUCAUAGACCCACGAAGUCAAGGGGACAAAGAUUUCCCAUGUACUGGGAAUCUCGGAGACUAUGAUCGACGUGAGAGAUAUAUGUUCAACAUACCUUUUGAUCAGCUGAAAUCAAUCCAGCGUGUUGAUGCGGGUGGUCGAACUUUGUCACUUUUGGUGACUUUAAACAGCCCACCCCAAUUCUAUCGCUGGCGUGGUGAUCGGUCAGUAACUCAGCAAGGAGCACUAUCGUGGACCGAGUGGGAUAGCUGGUUCCGGCAAACCGAUAUUGUAUAUGACCCAUUUACGUUGGUUGAUGCUCCAAUUGCUUUACACAAGGAGAGACCAGUAAUUGAUAUUGGUCGCUGGACUACUUACCGCUGGCUUUUCAACGAUGACCAGUGUCCACCAGAUUUAUUUCGCAAAGUGAAAUCAGCUCUUCAAGAUUUCAACAUCGAAAUCAUCACUCUAGAUCACUUCCGCCUUGAAACAAGUCGGAAAGCUGAGCUGUGGCCUUUGAUAGAUCCUUGUGAGACCAGAAGUGCAACAGCAGAUCUUCUCUUUCUUGAACCUGAUAGGGUAACGAUACGCUUACCAUUCGAAGUAAGAUAUCAACUUGAGGUAUGCAUUUCACAGCUAAUCAUCAACGAAUACAAUAUCGAUGAAAAGUUCACAAGAUCUUUGGCCAAAUUAGCUGCGCAGGAUCCAGCUAAGGCAAGAAAUUUACUAGAGUUUGUCGCGGAGAGCUAUAGUGCUAAACGUCUGUACAAUCCGGCGUCUAUCUUUACUAAUAAUGAAGCUUUAUCAUUCUCUUCGAUGACUGAUAUUCCUCAUUAUUGCGCAUUUUCACGGAAGGCUACGAUAACACCUAGCUCGAUUUACUUCAGCUCACCCACCGUUGAAACUACCAACAGGGUCUUACGACAUUACUCGAAAGAGAACAAAGAGGGUCGCUUUUUGCGUGUUCAGUUCACUGAUGAGAAAUUUGAGGGCCGAAUCAAUGCAUGUGCCGAUAAGAUUCGUAAUGAUGGAAUAUUCACAAGAGUGUUCAGAGCAAUCAGCAAUGGUAUCCGUAUUGGUGAUAGGCACUACGAGUUUUUGGCUUUUGGAAACUCCCAAUUUCGAGAGAACGGAGCAUAUUUUUUCUGCCCGCCAGCUUAUUUAUCCUGCAACGACAUUCGUCAAUGGAUGGGAAGCUUUUCUCACAUUAAUGUCGUUGCAAAGUAUGCUGCAAGGCUCGGCCAGUGUUUUUCGACAACUAGAGCCAUCAAAGGUCUUUCGGCGCCCGAUCUUGUCAAGAUCCCUGACAUUGAAAUCAACGGGUACUGUUUUACUGAUGGGGUUGGCAAAAUCUCACCUUUCCUAGCUCAGAUGAUCGCUGCGGAACUAAAACUCCGCACCAAUUCAGCACCAUCCGCAUUUCAGUUUAGACUAGGUGGCUGCAAAGGAAUACUGGUGGUUUCUCCUGAUGCGAAGGAUAAGGAAGUCCACAUCCGCAAGAGUCAGCAAAAGUUCACGGCGGUAUACAAUGGUCUUGAAAUUAUUAGGUGUUCGCAAUUCUCCUCUGCAACUCUUAAUCGCCAAACUAUUACGAUCCUCUCGUCUCUCGGUGUCAAAGAUGAGGUGUUUUUAGAGAUGCUCUCUAGGCAGCUCUCCGACUACCAGAAUGCCAUGAGCAACAAUACGAUUGCACUCAAUCUUCUCAACAGGUAUAUUGAUGAUAAUCAUAUGACCAUUAACAUCGCAAGUAUGAUUUUAAAUGGUUUCAUGACGGAAAAAGAGCCAUUCGUUCUGUCUUUGCUUCAUCUGUGGAGAGCAUGGUCUAUCAAACUCCUCAAGGAGAAGGCGAAGAUUAUCGUGGAGAAUGGAGCAUUUGUGCUUGGUUGUGUUGAUGAGACCGACACACUCAGGGGCUAUACCAAACCAACUGUGGCAUGUGGUACGACUUACAAAGAAGACGAAUUACCUCAAAUCUUCAUCCAAGUCCCUGACAGGGAGAAUACAACUCAAUACAACGUCAUUGAGGGAAUCUGCCUUGUCGGGCGAAAUCCAUCUCUCCAUCCCGGCGAUCUUAGAGUUGUCCAAGCGGUCAACAUACCAGCUUUACACCACUUGCGAGACGUCGUCGUAUUCCCUCAAAGUGGCGAAAGAGAUGUGCCUAGCAUGUGCUCCGGUGGCGACUUGGAUGGUGAUGAUUUUUUUGUCAUAUGGGAUAAAGAUCUUCAGCCAUCCGAAUGGAAUUGCGAACCAAUGAGUUAUGCAGCUUUAGAGCCUGUAGCACUCAAACGACCUGUUGAGGUACGAGAUUUGAUGAAGUUCUUCGUAAAAUACAUGAAGAACGACUCCUUGCCGACCAUAGCCCAUGCUCAUCUAGCACAAGCUGAUCUUCUGGACCUAGGUAUUAAGGAUCCCAAGUGUCUCGAGCUCGCGGAAUUGCAUUCUAAAGCUGUCGACUAUGUUAAGACUGGUCAACCAGCUAACAUGCCGAAGUGUUUGAAACCUAAUAAAUGGCCACAUUUUAUGGAGAAGGUUCACAAGCCUAAGUCACAGCAGUAUCACUCCUCGAAGAUUCUUGGUCAAUUAUAUGAUAAAGUUGAAAGCGUUCAAUUUGUCCCACAAUACGAAGAACCCUUCGAUAAACGAAUUUUGAGAGCCUAUCAGCUAGACGAUGCUAUUUUGAAGGCUGCUCGUCAGGCGAAGAGCAAAUAUGAUAUUGCCAUGCGCCGCAUCUUGGCCCAACAAGAGAUCAGAACCGAAUUUGAAGUGUGGUCCACUUUCAUCCUUUCAAAACCCCGGGUCGGAAGCGACUACAAACUUCAGGAGGAGAUGGCAUCAAUCACCGGUGCACUCAAGGAUCGAUUUCGUUUGGUAUGCAUUGAGAAAGCUGGCGGCAAAGACUUUUCAGUCCUUGGGCCAUUCGUUGCUGCAAUGUAUAAAGUGACAAAAGAGGAACUUGAUAUUGCAUUGGCCGAGUGUCGUACAACAAGAAUGGUCAACGGAAUGGAAGUACCAAAGAGACAGAUGAAGCCGGAAGCAAUGCCAUUGAUCAGUUUCCCGUGGUUGUUUGAAAAAGAAUUGGGCAGAAUUGCCACAGGCAUUGAAGCGAUCGACGACUUUGAAGAGAUAGGCUUCCAUACUUUCAGCAUCAACAAGCCUCAAACCACCGCGCCAAAACGUCCAAGGGAGCAGUCUAGACAAGAGGAAGAUUUUGUCAAGCAAGAAAACGGUGUAAUUAUUCAUCGUGGUGAAAUUCUUGACCUAUUUCAGGAUGAGGCUUCGGACAAUGAAUUCCAGUGGGAUGAAGCUCAAUCGGACAUCGAGCCUGUAAAUUUUGCACCAGCCUUGAUGCCUGGUCUUUCAAUGACAGGAAACGAAGGAGAGUCGACUAACAUUGAAACAUCAUCUGACAACUCAACCAAUACAUCUAGGCUUCCAAAUAAUGUUUCCGGAAGCUCGCAAGGCCAAAAUAGGGCACUGUCGGAAAUGAGGCACUUAGGUUCAGUCACUACUACAGAAUCCGAGUUCCUGGAGGCUGCUACAGCUGCUACACAGUCUUCGUCGACUCUCAGUUUCCCUCCACCUGUUCUUGCUACCAAGGCUAGUUCAGACUCGAGCUUAUCUGAUGAUGGACAGAUUGAAGAGAUCAUCGAGGUCAUGAAGGAUGUGGUCAUUGAACAGUCUAUGCUCGACAAGCUAUCGGCCUUUGUAGAUUGA